AUAGAAUUUUCCUUAUAAAUUCUAUUCCUCCGUUUAAUAAUGACCGCACCAGCCGGAGAUAUAGGUUUUCACGGAGAACAAGAAUCGAGAGGAAUUUAGAAAAUCCGAACACUUGAUUGGGAAUUUGGGAUUGGAACUCGAGUGUCGUUGUUGAUGUUUAUCCUUCGUGCUAUUGUAAAAUCUUAUUUCUGUGCGUGUAUGUUGCUUUUGUUUGUUUGUUCGUUGUUUUUUUCUUUGAUUGACGGCUCCUUUCUCUCCGAAGGAUUCUUAUUGAUUUGGCUUUUGCUUUUUUAUUUUGUUGUAAAUUGUUUUUGUCGAUGGAUCUAUCCUUUUGAUCGUUGAUCUGCUCAUUAUCUUUCAUUUUUGUUCUUGUUGAUUGGUCGGGGCACGGAUUAAGGUUUCGGUCUAUUAGGGUUUGUGAGCAUUUGAAUUCAGAGUCUGUGCUUUGAUGCAUGGAUUUUUUUUUUCCUAGUCGUAAGUAAUUGGAAUUCUGGUCAGAUGCAUCAAAUCCAACGCCACCCCUCACCCCCCCACCCCAAUGAGUCUGGAAUUGAAUUUGAAUUCGAUCCAUGCUGAACCAACAAUGACAUUUUCAGAUCGAAAGAAAAUAUGGGAUGCAAACAACUGCAGCCUAACGAGAAAGAUAUGAAGACAAUUUAGUCUUGCUUAUACUUUGGUCCUUGUUGUCUUAUUUAUAUUUCCCUGAAAAAUGAAUCAAAUAACAUGUUUUGUAAUUUAUGCUCUGUAUGGUUAGGGAGAAAUAGAGAAAAGAGAAUAAAAAAGUGAACUUCCUUCGCUUGGUUUUGGCUGUUUGCUCCUUAGAAGAGAAUAGAAAGAAAUUUGUUUCCUUGGCUUUGCUCGCUUAAUCAAGGCUAAUAGAAAAAAAGGAAGUGCAGAAAAAUAGAAGAGAGGUAAAGACGGCUGGAGUUUCUCUCCAAAAGUGUAGAGAAAGGGAGAGAAAGAAGAGAAGUCUGUGCAUUUCUUUUCUAUUUUCAUCUGUAAAGUUCUCUCUUUUUUUCAUUUCUCUUCAACCAAAUGAAGCAUUAUUCUUAAUUUUAUUGGUUUUGGGGUAAGAAGCCUUAACCUUUGCCUUUGUUUGGACUGGUAUGAUGUUCAAUCCUUAAUCUUUAGUUGUUUUCAUUGCCUCUAUGCUCCAUUUUUGGUUUCUAAGCUAAUGUUGAAUAAAGAUAUGAAAAUAAAUUAUGAAUCAUUCAAUCAUAGCUAGUCAAUAUUUUGGGUGCCAAUAAAAUAAAGUUGAUCAUUGAUUUAUGUCACAAACGAAGAGUUGUUUUGAAAUUUUACAAUGCAAAACAUGGGAUUUGAACUAUACUUUUGUGUUCUUCUCCUGUAUUCUUUGGAAGGCUUGUAUAAUGUCCCAUGAAGUUUCCUUCUUUCCCACUAAAUUGUUCUCAUUAUAGCAUCCCCGCUCCACAAGGCUUUGUUUCUUUAUUUUAUUCUUAACUAAAAAAUUAAAUUCUUAAUCAUGUCUAUAUUCGGUGCCCUUGAUUUUUCCAUUCUUGUCAAUUGAAAUAUUUAUUACCUUCCUUUCUCAAUCAUGCAUUUUUUCUUGCACUGUGAAUUUUCAAUUGUUUCAUUGGUUAUUCUUGUAAGCUGAUUCUAUUGUCACCUGCCAUUUCUAUUCUUUUUGAAUGAUAUUUUCAUAAUCAAGACCUUUGUUUCUUAUCCCUAUAAGUGCAGGUUUAAAGACUCUGGUGAUUUUGUUUAAAGACUCUGGUGAUUUUGUUGCUCGUGAACUAGUUGUUAAUGCUUUAUUCAAAGGAUUUAAUUCUACAAGAUUUAUAGGACCCUGGAUUAUUUCUUGAAUUCUUUUGGAGCAUAAUUUCAAGGCUUGGCUUGUAUAGAAUUUCCUCCAUCAUUUGAUUCAAAACAAGUAAAGAAUAUCAUAGUUGUCACGUAUUAAUGCUGAUUAUUUUCCUAAAGAUUCAGAAGCAACAAGUAACAGAAUAAAGUUCAGAGUUCAUCCUCUAGGAGACUUGUUCAUUUGGUUCCAGUUUUGAGGUCAUGAGAAACGGAAACUGACUGCCCACUUGCCAUGUGAAACUAUAUAUAUUUUUAGAUAUGAGCACCCUGUAAUUACUUGGAAAAUUUGAUGUUAAUGCAUGGUGCAUUUGGGAGCUUAAACCCUAUUUAUAUGUAGAGGCAAUUGUUGGGCCAUUUGUAAUUUUAGUUGCUUUCAUUCAAAUAGGAGGUUUUAUGUAACUGCAGCCUUUGGUAGGAUUAUAAUUGUAAUAUCUUUCAUUUUAAAGUCCUCUUAUACUUUGUUAACUACCCUGCUAGAAAGCAAUUUUUUACGGUUGAUUUCCUUCUUUUCUAUUUUAUUUUAGCUUUUGCACUAGGGAAAAGGAAAGGAGGGAUGGGAGUUAUGGGGUAAGGGUGGUUUAAAAGAUCUGCCACAGUAUAUAGUAGAAUAGCAAGUGCAGUAUUUUGACAUGAUUUUCACUAUCGCCACUUUGACUAAUUCAUAUCAAAUUUGUCAUUUCAGAAUUGGUACAUGCAGUUUAUUGUUUUGAUUUUUUUGUAUGCUCAUCACUUCUUCAUGCUUGAGAACUUUUUAUCGGUACUUAGAAUGCAAAGCAGUUUCAUUCCCAAGGUGAGGUUAUAAUUUUAUGUUUUGAUCUAGGACCUCUUGCAGAUAUUGAAGUUGCAAAGGUUUCAUAUUUGGGCCCUUAGCACCAAUGGUUGACAAAUGUAGUUAUGGGCGUGGCUAUUGUGCGUCCAAGAUGUCAGAUUGUAAAGGAAGCACAUCCACCAUCCCAGAUGUCCGUGCUCUGCACAAGGAAUUGGAUGAGGCUUCAUGUCCAAUCUGCAUGGACUAUCCACAUAAUGCUGUUCUCCUCCUUUGCAGCUCUCACGACAAGGGAUGCAGGUCAUACAUCUGUGAUACAAGUUACAGGCAUUCUAAUUGUCUGGAUCGAUUUAGAAAACUGAGAGUUGAUAACGGGAAGAGCCCAUCAGGACUUGGUUCUUCCUCUCCUAGAAACCCAGACACUUUUAGUGAUGGUCAGUUCCCUAAUAAUAUUCCAACUUUUGAACCCCAUCUGGAUUCGAGUGUGGCAACUGAAUUAGCUGAAGCUCGUGGAAUUCAAGGGGGAAAUGAUCACAGUGAAGGAGGGGAUCUUGUGGGCACAAGUCAUUCUGAGUCAUUCCGAGAAAUGAAUAUUUUGGAAGAGUCUAGUUCAGGAAAUUUACGUUCACUGGGGCCCAAGCCCAACUUGAAAUGUCCCCUGUGCCGAGGAUCAGUUCAGGGCUGGAAGAUAGUGAAGGAGGCUAGGCAAUAUCUUGACCUGAAACACAGGAGCUGUUCUCAGGAAUCAUGCUCAUUUUUUGGGAAUUAUAGGGAGCUUAGGAGACAUGCUAGGAGGGUUCACCCAACAAUACGCCCCGCCAAUAUUGAUCCAUCAAGAGAACGUGCUUGGCAACAUCUCGAGCACCAAAGGGAAUAUGGUGACAUUGUUAGUGCUAUUCGUUCAGCCAUGCCAGGUGCUGUUGUUGUUGGUGACUAUGCUAUAGACAAUGGAGAUGCAUUCUCAGGUAAUAGUGAAAGCAAUGAAUUCGAGGAAAGUAGUGAUUCAUGGUGGACUACUUACUUUUUGUUCCAGAUGAUCAGCAGCAGCAACUCAAGGAGACAUAUUUCCCAACCCAGGGGCUUGUCCAGGGUUUGGCCACGGAAUCGCCGUUCAUCUGGAUCAUUUUCAAGUAGAAGGAAUCAUUGGGGUGAAAAUCAUCUGGUUGGGGGAGAUGAAGAGGGCUGGCAUCUGUCACAUGGUGACAUGGAUGAAGAUGCUUCCCCAAGACCAAGGAGGCGUCGGCGUUUUGCACGGUCCAGGCGCAAUGAAGAUUAAUAGUAUGGGACUUUACAAAGUCUGAUUAUUUGCGAACACAUUGGAUUAGCCCCACAAACAGGUGGAGUGCAGAAAAAGAAAGGCAGGAGCUGAUGGAAUCAGUUUCUCUGUUGAAGGACAACAUAGUGAAGCAUAUGUAGAUUGUGAUGUAAUUACAGAAUUAUCAUAGGAUCUUUAGAUACAGGUCCCCUUCUCCUUUUGACCAUCUCAUUGCCCCAUUGUUUUGUGGCAAUAUGUCGGCUGAUUGAUUUCUUUUUAAACCCCAGGGGAUGUUAAUCAUUCCAUUUGUAAAAAAGUGUACAUUUUAUUUCACAGUUCCAUAAAUUAUUUAGUUUGUGUUAUUGGGAAA